UCUCGGCCUAGCAUGCCUAACUCCAUCCUAAAUCCCGUGUUAAAACGGCCUGGCCCGGCCUGUGCACCUGAAAUUCAGGCACUGCACUAUAGCACUAGCAGUCUUACUUACUUGGUCACACCACAAGGAGGCCUAACUGAUGUGAAUUUUAAAGUGAACAUUUUAAACCACUGUAAAUCAAAUUAGUAAAAAUGUUAAAUGUUAUGUAAAGAUGAUCCUCACUACUCCGUGAAACUAGGAUGUUGUCCUAUGUUGGGUGAUGUAAGAAUAUGUUUAUUAAGUCUAGAGGUGUAUGGGGGCAGAUCAGGGUAUGGUCCAUGAGACUGUCAUGAGUUCAGUAGGCAACAACGUUGCCGAACCAACGGCCAAACAGAAAAAUAAAAACAACCGUAACGGUUACCGGGCCAAGGAACUUGCGGAGAUCAGGAACAGUCUUCGACCAUUUGAACAGCAAGGAGAACAGCUGUUCAGAAACACACUUCGACAGCUGAAUAGCGAACAGAUCAAUAACGAUCAAUUGCGCCAGUUGAACGGUGAACAGCGAGCGCUAAACGGCGAUCGACAUGUGAACGGUGAACGACAUCUUAACAGUGAUCAUCUACGACAACUCAACGGUGAAUUAAGACUUAACUAUGACAAUGUCAGGUUUGACGAACAGUAUCGUCAAUAUGAGACGGAGCAGCUUCGGAGUGGGAGCAGCUUGAGCGAGAGCAGCUCCGGGGAUGGAGCUGCAACUGUUCAAGAGACACUUCAGGAUACUCUUAAUAAGCUUGCUCUAAUGGGAUACGAUGAGGCUACUGCUAUCCGUGCUGUAUCUCUGGGAGAUGGGAGGCUUGGUUCAACCUUAGAUAUUCUUCAUAGGUAA